AUGUACGGCAAACGCGCAACACGCGCUCUGCAUUCCAAUGCCCGGCGAUUUUCCACUGCCACCAGACUUCAAGCAACGUCCGGUCUCAAGAUCAAUUCAGACAGGCUAUGGAACACCUUGCACGAAACCUGUAAAUGGGGUGCUGCACAUAAAUAUGGCGAAAACCCAACGGAUACCGGCAUGGCACGCCUGACUCUCAAUGACGAUGAUGCACGCGUGCGCAAGUGGUUUGCCGCCGAAGUUCAAAAGCUGGGAUGCUCCUUGUCCAUUGAUCAAAUGGGUAACAUGUUUGCCAGGCAGCCGGGGCGGUUGAACUCGACUGCGCCAAUGAUUGCAAUGGGAAGUCAUCUCGAUACCCAGCCUCGUGGCGGUCGGUAUGAUGGCAUCCUUGGCGUGAUGGCCGCACUGGAGGUUCUGCGCACGAUGAAAGAGAGUGGAUUCAAAACUAACUAUGAUGUUGGAGUGGUGAACUGGACCAACGAGGAAGGUGCACGGUUCCCCAAAUCAAUGUGUUCUUCUGGUGUCUGGGCUGGGGCGAUUCCGAUUCAAAAAGCUUGGGAUUUGCGAGAUAUCCAUGACCCCACUGUUACUCUCCGCUCCGAGCUGGAAAGGCACGGGUAUCUAGGCGAUAUUGCUUGUUCUAGCGAUCCGGCCACCGGAUACCCACUCGGAGCUCAUUUCGAAUUGCAUAUUGAACAAGGCCCGAUUCUCCCAGAGAACAACCGGUCAAUCGGCGUCGUCCGCGGUGCUCAAGGAUACAGAUGGUUGACUAUGACCGUCUACGGAAAAGACGCCCACACUGGAACAACACCAUUCAGUGCCCGUCAGGACCCUUUGCUUGCGUCCUCAAGGAUGAUUGCAGCUUCGCAUGACAUCGCCAAGAAGCAUGACGCCCUGGCCUCUACGGGUAUCAUCAGGGUUCCUUCGAACGCAUCUACCAACACUGUCUCAUCGCAAGUAACAUUCACGCUCGAUAUUCGGCACCCACAGGAUAAUGUGGUUCAUGCCGUACAAGAUGAAUGUCUCAAGGCAUUUGAGAUUAUUGCAUCUCAGGAUGGCAAGGGGGUAACCUUUGACUGGACAUUAGAUACAGACUCUCCAGCUGUCAAGUUCGACGACGACUGCGUGGCAUCUAUCCAGGCGGCUGCUGAUCAGCUCGUUGGCAGAGAGAAAUCAAUGCUCAUGACCAGUGGUGCGGGUCAUGAUACUGUCUACACUAGCAAGCACUGUCCCUCGGCGAUGAUAUUUGUCCCUUGUCUGGAUGGCGUUAGUCACCACCCAACAGAAUACUGUAGUCCUCAGGAUUGUGCUCUCGGCACCCAAGCUCUUCUCGAAGCUGUGGUUCAUUAUGAUCAGUCCCGGGCAGAGAAGGUAAAAUGA